AUGAUUUACAACUGUGAUGCGACUUUUGCUAGGGACCUAGAUUUUGAGGAAAUGGAACCCCAGGUGUUUUAUUUUAAUACGGUCCCUAUUCGUGCGCAAACUGUCCAAAACUUGGAUCUACGUCGCGAAGUUCCUAUUAUCAUCAUUUUUGAGGUGGUCGGUAAAACACUCCAUGAGCUUGCGCAUAGCAAAGCUUCUAUAUCUUUGGAUGAGCUUCAACGUCUACUAAAGAACGCCAUGUGGCUGCUACAUUCGUGUGGCGCGGAAUAUUUGGACCAGCGUCUGGACAAUUUCUUUCUCUGCGAUACGAGUAAAGUCAUGAUUGUUGAUCUGGAGCAAGUCAGAUUCCCACUGGAUCUUGAAGAUUGGGAGGACAGUGUUAAUUAUGGGGGGGUGGGCUCUCUGUUAUAUCUAUUCAAUGAUACAAGAGAAAGAAAGAGUCGAAAAAUCACCUGGGAUGCAUUUGUGCUUGGAAACACCUACAUUUCGAGUGGCUCGCUUUAUUAA